UGAAAAUUGUUACAUUUUAUGAAAAUAUGCACUGAGACAACUAUCCACCAAAGUUCAAAUGAAGUGGAUGUAAGCAAUUAUAGGCAACCGUAUGGCCUUCAACAAUGAGAAAACCCAUACCGUAUGGUCGGCUAUAAAAGACCCCAACAUUAUGUAUUGUUAAGUUCAGAAUGAAUACAAUAAAACUGGUUUCUCAUUUUAGUAUGAUGAAUGAUGCUGAUAUUAAUGGUAACUUUAUUAUUGAGAAACAGUCCAAUGUUUUAUCACAUCCAUUGGAACAACCCAUUGAUGGAGCAAGAAAGACUUCUACAUCAUUUGCAGAACAGUUUGCAAGACUUAAUCAUGUGACGGCACCUCAAAGAUCAACCGUUAAAGUUACCUCUCCAGGAAAUGGUGAACAAUCAUCACCUAUGGAAACUGACGACACUAGCCCUGGCCAAAUACAACUAGAGUUUGGUGUUCAAAAUGCCAAAAUGAAGAAUUUAGAUUUACAAAGACAUAGUCAACAUAGUAUUUCACAGCCACAAGUUAAACCUCAGACAUAUCAAGUAUCGCAACCACAACAGCAGGUUAACAGACCAUCUGGACAACAAACGUCACAAUCGCAACAGCAGUUUAACAAACAAUCUGGACAACAAAGGAUACAAUCUCAACAGAUUGGAAGACCAUAUGUUCCUCAAGUUCCUUCUCCGCUUUUAAACAAAAGUGAAAUGUCUUCUUUGGGACAAACAAUACAGAAACAAACACCUAGACCAUUUGUGCCGCAAAGUACACCCCAAGUCACAAGGCCUUCAGUGCCACAAAUUUCUUUUAGCCCUGUGAACAGAAACUCAGCUCCACAAAAUUUAAAUCAGCAGAUAUGCAGAAACUCAAUGCCACAAAAUUUUAACCAGGAGAUGUAUAGAAACUCAGCGCUACAAAAUUUUGAUCAGCAAAUGUACAGAAACUCAGCGCCACAGAUUACAUCCCAGUUUAUCACAAAGUCAACUGGUCCACAGAUAGUUCUUAAGCCAGACACACCACAAUAUGUACAUCAGCAGAAUACAAGAUCUUUACAGCAAGCCUCUUCAGUAUCAAAACAUAGACAAGUAGCUCCACAAAUACAAUCUCCACAGACUUUUGCAGCACCAAAGACACCUCAACUACAAAUGCCAACUAGGCCAUUCCCUGUAAUACUGAGACCUGGUACUCCAAAUGUUACAAAACUCCCACUAACAGAUCAUGUCAGGAAAAUGGCACCAUCAAACAAUCCUGGGUCCCAGGUCCAAGACCAAUCUCCUAGGAAACCACAACAUCAGCCUCUAUCAACAACAACUGCUGGAUCAAACAAACAGAAUGAACAGUUCGAUGAAAAUGGAAAUCCACAGACACCUUACUUUAAUCAACAACAGUCACCAAAGACACCAGAACACAUCUCUGUAGAAACAGGAUCUGGUGACUUUAGUCCAUUUGAUAUGGAGAAACACAGACAGAAGCUCCAGAGGUUAAAACAAUCACCAGGACAACCAAUGAGAGCUGCUAGACCAAUGUAUUCAGCUGAAAAAGUGGAUCCAAGCAAAGAAACAGAACCAGGGAUAUUUAUGGGUGUUCAGAGCAUAUUUGACACAAAGAAUACCAGUAAGAAUAGCAGUGCUGCUGACACCAACAUGAACUUUAGUGGAUUUGCUACAGAAUUGUCCAUGUUUCAGUCUGGUGGUGGAAGUAACAUGUUUUCUAGUUCUGCAGAUGGUGGUGGUGACAAAUCCAAUUUCUUUGGUAGCAAAUCACCAGAUUUGGGCACAGCAGAUUCUGGGUUCAGUUUUGGAGGGGCAGAUAAACCUGGAGGAAGUUCUAUAAUGUCGUUGUUUGGUAGCAGUAAUUCAGAAGACGAUACACAGGAAACCAGUUUCUCUUUUAGCUUUGGAGGAGGCAGAGGGGACCAGUCAGGGGGAAGUCCUGCAUUUAGUUUUGGAGGAAUGGGAGAUAAAUCUGGUGGUGAUUCAAUAAUGUCAUUGUUUGGUGGCAGCAAACCAGAAGAGAAAAUACAAGAAAACAACUUCUCUUUUAGUUUUUGAUGAACUAGUACUUGAAACUCACCUGUUCUAGAGAUUACAUUCGAUCAAAU